CCGGCCGACCAAACGUCCAUGAAGUUUAAUUUUACACAACUCUUGGUUAAUCAUUCAAAUCCAGUUGAAGUAUAUAAAUGUAUUAGUUUAAAAAACAUUUAAAAUAAUUCGACAUAUCUCGUAACAAUCGUCUGUGUCAGCGGUUGGGUGAAGCGAGAUCACACCCAUUGGUCGGUUUGGAAGCGUCGAAGAGACCCCACAAUUCUCUCAGCCGCACGCUGAGAGAUGGACGGGAGAGCGUACGGUACGUGCACGCGCGGGCGACGCGGAUGUUACGGGCAGUCUGAACGCUUACAAACGGCUUUAUCGGAGUCUCCCGUCUGAGCGAAGUUGUUCAUCGGAUGUCCGUUUGUAUCGAGUCGGAGUAGUUUGGGGAAGUGCUGGAUCUAUCUCCGUCUGUUCCUCCGCCUCCCAUUUGUGCUUUUUGGAGAUCUCUCGUCUAACGGCUUCCCGGUUUUUGGAGUCUGUGGUACUUUUGCGCGAUCCGGAUCGCCAACGCAUCAUUACGCAUAAAAUAAGGAUGUAAGGAAAAGAGUUGAUGUGGGACGUAAGUUUGGAAACGCGAGCUGAUCCAUACACGGAUCUCAGCAGGUCACUCCCGCCGAAGCUCGAGAUAGGCAUGGUGUGUCGGGACCCAAGUGGGUUCGGAAAUGUGCCAUGUUUGUGAGAGCCAUGAGCCUGUCAGACGUAACUGGUUUCUUGCCCAGGGGAGAGCAGUUGGCUUUAAUGGCUCGGAGCACUGAUAAUCUGGACAGUUCUGGGGAACCUGGGACCCGAUCAGUGGGCACCACUGCCAACUUGAAGGGGAAGAUGAGCAAAAGGCUGUCUGUUGUGAAAGGUCACUUCCCCAAGCUUGUUGACUGUGCCCACUUUCACUAUGAAAACGUGGACUUCGGAUCUAUAGAGCUUCAGUUUGCCAACGAUCAGAACGAUGCCAGCUGGACCUCAGGCAGUGCCAAAGAUCUGGUUUUCCUUGUGCAGGUGUCCUGCCAGGGUAAGACGUGGAUGGUGCGGCGUUCAUAUGAGGAGUUCAGGACGCUGGAUGCUCACCUGCAUCAGUGUAUUUAUGACCGGCGGUACUCACAGCUGUUGGCUUUGCCCCCCCUCAGCGAGAUCGGAGAACGGGUGGAGACAUUUGCGCCACUGUUGUCGGAGUAUCUGAAUCGACUCUCCAUGAUUGUGGACAAUAAGCUGAACUGUGGCCCAGUUCUCUCUUGGAUGGAGAUCGACAACCAUGGCAACAGGUUUUUGCUGAAAGAAGAGGCAUCUUUAAAUGUCCCUGCCAUCGCUGCUGCUCACGUCAUCAAGCGAUACACUGCCCAGGCCAGCGAUGAGAUCUCCAUUGAGGUUGGCGAUAUCCUGUCUGUUAUCGACAUGCCGCCCAAAGACGACACCACGUGGUGGAGAGGAAAACAUGGCUUCCAGGUUGGCUUCUUUCCCAGUGAAUGUGUGGAGUUAAUCAAUGAGAAGUUACCGCAGUCGGUCAGCGCCCCUGUCAGUAAGCAAGAGGUGGAUGGGUUGAGCGCUAAACCUGGUGUUACUAACACAACAGACCCUUCUUCUCCAACAUCAGUUCUUCAUCCUUGGUUCCUAAAUCUGGCUGUAUCCAAGAAACACGGCAAGCUGAUGGGCUUCCUGCGCACCUUUAUGAAGUCCAGACCCACCAAACAAAAGCUGAAACAGAGGGGUAUCCUGAAAGAACGAGUUUUCGGCUGCGACCUCGGCGAGCAUCUCCUCAACUCUGGCCAAGAUGUCCCACAGGUCCUGAAAAGCUGUUCAGAGUUUAUAGAGAAGCAUGGUGUGGUGGACGGGAUUUACAGACAUUCUGGAGUUUCCUCCAAUAUACAGAAACUCAGGCACGAGUUUGACAGUGAAAAUGUUCCAGAUCUGACGAAAGACGUAUACAUCCAGGACAUUCACUGCGUUGGCUCCUUGUGCAAACUUUACUUCAGAGAGCUGCCCAAUCCGCUCCUCACGUAUCAACUCUAUGACAAGUUUGCUGAAUGUAUGGGAGAGAUGACAGAUGAGGAGAGAAUGGUCAAAGUACAUGAUGUUAUUCAGCAACUUCCUCCUCCUCAUUACCGAACGUUGGAGUACCUCAUCAAACAUCUGGCACGUUUAGCCACCUGCAGUGUGGAGACCAACAUGCACAUAAAAAAUCUGGCCAUCGUCUGGGCCCCUAACCUGCUCAGGUCCAAAGAAAUCGAAUCAGCGGGGUUGACCGGUGCUGACCCAUUUAAAGAAGUGCGGAUCCAGUCGGUGGUCGUGGAGUUUCUGCUCGGCAAUGUGGAAGUUCUCUUCAGCGACUCUUUUACAUCCGUCGGUCGUUUUAAUGCAGCUCGGCAGUCUCUUACCAGGCCCAAGUCGUUUGUGUCCACCAGACUUUUGUCUCUGGAGGAGGCGCAGGCUCGCACCCAAGCACCUCUUCUCCUGCAGGGAUCUCCUCGUGCUCUACAGAGCCAGUUUCACACUGUGCUCGACCUGUCUGCAGACAAAAGGAAAAGAGGCAUGAAGGUCCGUAAGUCGGCAGGUGGGAGCUGGAAGACGUUCUUCGCCAUUGGGAAACCAGGAGCGGCGGGCCGACGUAAGCCCGCUCGGAUCACCUCUCUGUUUCAGCCUGCAACUUCUCACGCAGGUUGUAGGGUGGACAGCGUGACUCUCAGGUCUGCGAAAAGUGAAGAGUCUCUGUCGUCUCAGCACAGUGGAGCAGGUCAAGGGAAGAUGCAACGGUUACGUAGACCCCGCUCCAGCAGCGACGGCAUCUCUCUGGCUGCUUCAGUCGAUCCUCAGCUCCUUGUCCAGCGCUCCCCAUCUAAAAUCCAUCCCAGUCGCUCUUACGACAGCCUGCUGCCUGAGGAGACCCGUGAUGCUGAUGAGGACGAGGAGGACGAUGAAGAGGACGAGGAGGGUGUAUACAUGCUGCCAGAUUUUUCCCAGGAACCAUCCGCCUCAUGGAUGGCAGAAGAUGUCAUUGACUUCAGCCCCACAUUCCUGGAAGAUGGACCAAUAGGAUUGGGGAACACAAGCGCCACUCCGGGUGGCAGAGAGUCCCCUCCUGCAGCCGCACCCCCUCCGUAUCGCUGUCUGAGCCAUCAAGGCCACGCUCGCUCUGGCAGCCAGCGAUCAAUUACAGAAGAUCCAGACUCUGUGCUCAACCAGUCAGAGGCAGCGGCCCGACGGAGUUUGAUCCUGGCUGCGGCAGCUCCGCCUCAGCAAGUGUUUUGUCAGCACAGGCCACCUGCUGCCACUAAUCCUCCUGCAAGCAGUGCCCAACAGGGUGAGUCAAACGUAAGCCCCUCCCAAAGCCAGAUGCCAGCAGCUUCUGCUCCUCUCUCCCAGCCCCCUCAGGAGAGGCGUUCCUUUACACGUAAAGUCGUUCAUGCACUUUCACCUAAAGCGCCAAAAUCUCCCCCGCUGGACAUCUCUGAUCCAAUAGCCAUCAGUGUACCUGCCAAGGUUCUGGAAAUGAUUGGAGGGCGAGCUGGCGAAAUGCAAACUGGACCCCAGAGCAGUGGGCCGCCUCAGCCACCCCAGAUGAUAUCUAUGCUCCUGAGGUCAUGUGACUUUCAGCUCACAGAGAGCUGCCAGCAGGAGCUCAGCAGUAAGUUGGGCCCCAGCAUCAAGAUCAAGGGCCCUAGUAUCAUGGGUCCAUCUGGUGUUCCCCUUCUUUCACAACAACCCCCACCACCUCCUCCCAAAAACCCUGCACGCCUCAUGGCUCUAGCCCUGGCUGAAAGUGCCAACAAGGCCCUUCGGCAAGGUGCCUCUCCCCCAUACCGUCCCCGUCAAACUGGAUCCUCUGAGACAGAUGUUCGCUUCCAAAGGUCUCUUUCAGCUGAUGCAGGUGUUCUGCUGUCUUCUGAUCCGAAUCAGAUCUACUCCACUGUACGCCCUCUCUCAGUGUGGAAAACUGAGGGUGAUGAUGGUGAGGAUGAAACUGAAGCUAAAAAGCCUGCAGACAAAUCACAGGGUGUAGAGCAAAGGUCAUCACCUGGACAGGACACUGGGACUCUCUCAUCUGACAACUCAGACUCUGUGACAUCCAAUUCAGAGUUGUCAGCUGCAAGUUCCUCUGAGGACGAUGAACGGACUCCAAGUCCCAUCUAUAAGAACGAGGAAACGAUUUAUUCAGCACAGCCCUCAAAAUUCAGCCCACCAUCCUCCAGUGAUGCUGCCUUUCCUCAGAGAAAACCCCCAGCGUAUGGGCGUCAGUUUUCAGCUCCACAGCUUCAACAGCAGAAAUCAAACUCCCAGUCCAAGCCUGCCUUACAGCCAACCACUCAGCUCCUGCACUCCAAAUCUGAGAGCUCUCCACUGGCCCAGGUACGAGCCUUUCAGCCCACCCGCCCUAAAGUACCACCCAAGCCACCUGAUCUUGCUCCCCUGAGAGCUCCGCUCUCGCAGACAGAUCGACACGAUUACAUGCGGCGCUCCCUGGAUGCCAGCCGCAUUCGGCGCUUGGUGGGGCCUGCUCAGGGGAACCAACCACUUUCCAGAGCUUUCUCUGAACGCAUCAGCAGUACGUCUGAUGCGCUGUCUCGUUAUCAUGCUGCCAGAAUGGCCGGCCAAGCCUCCCAGAUUGCACAUGUUUCGCAACAGGCCCAGUCAAAUCUGAUCAGACCUGUUGUCCCCUCCUCUGAAGAUCCAUCCAAGAUGGAGAACUUCUACUAUGAAAUCGGUGCUCCUGAGCAUCCACAAGGGCCACCCAGCUAUACUCGUCACAGCUAUCAGAAUAUGAAGUUGGAUCUAGAGGGCAACCUUCGUCUCUCAGACCCAGCCAAUCAGAGGCCUGUUUCCCGGGGUCACCCCCCUCCAUAUAAUGCCCAAGGUCCUGGUGGCGGAAGGGCUCCCCAGUUGUGGUCAUCUGAGGCCACGCGAGUUUGGGCAGCAGCACACUCGCACUCUUUUUCCUUUUCCCAUUCUCAUUCUCACCAUCGCUCUCAUGACGGAUCUUCAGGUCAUCAUCAGCACCCCCGGCCUCAACGACAGACAUCUUCAUCUGUCAGGCAGACUCGAAGUGAAGUGCAUCCCAUUUCUGCAUCUGCUGCAUUGGGUUCAGCAGGCAUGGUACCCCUGUCUGUGCACCAGCGCAACCUGCAUCACUCCCAGCGAUCGUCUUCAGCAGACCACAACGCCUCUCAGCUUCACCCCUACUUUGAAAAUGGGAAGGUAUGUUAUCGGUAUUUCGAAGCAUCUAGACCAGAAGACUUACCACUUCAUCUGCACGCUGCAUUGAAGCCACAUCAAGCCCAGCAACCUCAGACCUCUCCCACGCAAGGACUCACGAAAGAUCAGGCUGAGCCCGUUUAUGUAAACUACCCGUACACAACUCCACCAGGAGCUGGGUCUAAUGCAAAAGGUUGGGCCACCACCGACCUUGACGGAGAUGAUCAUCGGGCUUCUGAGCCACUGGCACUACCAUCAGAGCCACCACCCGAUGAAAACCAGAAGCAAUCACAACAAGAAAGUCCCACAGCUACCUUAGACAGUCCUGCUCCGAACGAUGCGUCCACUGAACCAAUCAAUACAGCAUCAUCUGUCUCCACCAUCACGCACUUCCGCAGCCGCUCAGAUCCACAAAGUACCAGUACAGAGCCCGCUCACGUCCUCACGGGUAAGGAUAUUGCCUCCUUGCUGAUUGAAAAGCUUGCUGAGGAUGAAAGGGAGGGUCCUUCCGUGCCUGCCUCUUCGUCGUCGUCUUCCUCUCCACAUAUUGAGCACCCCCCAAAUCCCUACCCCAGCCAACAGCAACAGCCACCACCUGCUUACAACAUCUACACCCCAGGACCAUCUCGAGGGCGCUUCGAAGGUCAGGCAGCUCCAGGACAAGGAUCCGUAGCCUUCCAUCGUCAGGACCCCAUGCGGAGAUCCUCCGGAGGCCAGUAUAGACAAGCUUUUGAUGUCAUGCCAUCUGGUGACCAAGUCCUUAAGUUUUACAGAAGCCAAGAUUUUAUUCCAGGUGCCCAGGGAGAAAGCACAACCCCUAUACUUUAUCCCCCAAGGCCAUAUUAUCAGGACCCCCCAUAUCCCAACUGGAGUCCUCAGGGCCUUCCAGAUGCUCCCCACACAUGUACUCCACCUACAGUGGCCUUCUCAAAUUUAGCCUUUGGGUCAACAAGAGGAUUCGUGCCCCAGGCGGUGGCCAACCAGUUUAACCAGUACCCAUACCAAUUAGGCCCAGUGCUUCCGCAGUAUCCCAACACACCCAGACAAGACAUCGUUCUGGAUCCUUCUCUCCGACCUCCAGGGUUGCGACACCCAAGAGGUUUGAUCCGGCAAGGGAGCCUGCCGGGACCCAACUGGACCAUCCGAACUGAGGGCCAAACCCGUAGUUACUGCUAAAGAGCACAACUGCCACAAAUGCCCCGUGUUUUUACACUUUCAUGAGACAGUACAGACCGAUGUAAGCACUAGACUUUAUGUUUUCUGUACAGAGCUAGAGCUUUGUGGGAGAGGUUAUAUUUAACCUGCUUGAGAAGACACAGAAUGGGCAGUAACAAAGUGAGAGAUACAGUAUGGGUAUUGGUGUUUCUAUCUCAGAUAGACCCCACUGCUGCCCCACAAUAAGAGUGUGUAUUGGAGUGAAAAAGUGAGAAUAAUGCACGAAGCUGAACGUAUCAAAGAAGUGAACCGUUAAGUGGCUUAGACAUGAAAACAUUCCAGAACACACUGUGCUGUCCAGCAGAGGGCGUCAGAGAGGUGCACAGCUGCUAUUACUCUGACAGGAUGUUUCUCAGUGGCUCAUUUCUGUUUUUCUGCUUUGAAUUUUGUUUGUUUUCCUUUGUUGAGACUAUUAUUUUGUACAGUGACACAGACUCAAUGUGUCUUUCUCUUUAAAGUACAAUUAAAAGGAACCUCAAGAGAUGCCGGUGGUUAUAAGCUUAGAAGCUAUUCUUAUUUCUUCCCAUUUGCUUUGGACAGCAAUGUGACUUUUUCCUUUUUUUUUUAUUCUAAGUUAUUAUAAGUUUCCAUUGGAAGGAGUUCUUGUGAAGUAGUUUUAUUUUGCUUUUUUUAUUUGUUUCAAGAAAUGUGAAGAAUAGGAAUUUUAGUUUUUAUUUCCGUGUGAAUUUGUACAACUUACUUGCUUAGAGUAUCUAAAUUUAAGCACAUGGAAAGGUACACUUUUGGAGGGCGUGUGUGUGUUCAUAUUUCAAUGAGGUACUGUAUUCUGUUCAUUCUCGAGUCAUGUGUCAGAUGAUUUGUUUAAUAUUGGUGUUCCUAUCCAAAGCAAGUAUUUCUGGUAGGCUUUGUCAACCUGUGUCACUCCCAAACAGCCUCCAAUAGCUGGUACUAUCUGCUAUGAAGACUUUAUGAAGUUAAAGCCACUUUAAGUCAGCAUUCUCUGGACUCGGUACAGCUCCAAUGUUUUCGUAGUUUAUCUAAACAAGUCAGGUCAUUAAAAUGUCCUGGAAUAUCCUUUAAAAUUUAACAGAAGUGGGCUCUCUAAAAGAAUGCUUAGUGAUUGGUGCCUUUCGUUAAUGAGUUGAUUAUUAAUUUUGUUUCAAACCAGAUAUUGAAGGGCUUCAUUGCUUGGAUGCCCUUAUUUACACUUUCUUUUCCCAGAUAAGUCCUGUGGAUACAAUGGAUAGAUGAAAAAGUGUGUGUGUGUGUGUGUGUGUGUGUCUGUGUGUGCGUGUGAUUGAGUAAACAAGGGUGUUUUAAUACAUAUCUAUGCAGUGAAUAACCAAGGGAAUUUAUUCCCUUAAAACACAAAAUAUUAAUGCUACCUAUGUAUGUCCUGUGAGCGUGUAUGUUUGGGUGAGAGAGCUCAUGCAUGGGGUUUUGAAGGUACGGUAUAUACAUGAACUUCAUUUUCAACAACAUCCAUUUUGGCCUUUAUCACUAAAGGCAGUUCAUCUUAUUUUGUAAUAUUUUCCAACAUGUGAAUUAAACAUUUGGACAUUUUCAACACGUGAAUUAAACGUCAGUGACGAAACUCUA